AUGAGAAGACAAAACGACUUUGAACUUGGUGAUGCAAAUUGGCUGAUGAAUUAUUUCCAGACACAGUAUUUGGAAGAUCCAUCAUUCUUCAAUGCCGUGCAAUUAGACAACGGUGCAAUGAUAACAAAUAUAUUUUGGGCCGAUUCAAAAAUGAUAUCAGAUUAUGGGCAUUUUAGAGAUCUGCUGACAUUUGAUACCACGUACAAACUUGUUUAUAGGAAUUGGCCUUUUGCAGUUUUUCUCAGUUUGAAGCAUCACCGAGAGACAGUUGUGUUUGGAGCAGUUUUCAUGUAUGAUGAGAUAACCAAUUCUUUUGGUUGGUUAUUCAAUACAUUCUUAAAUGCCAUGUCCCAUAAAGCACCAAGGACGAUCUUGACCGACCAAGACGCUACAAUGGCAAAGUUUUCAGUGAGGAAGCUUUUUGGUUAUUGA